AUGCCGGUCAAAUAUUCUGACCCCUCGGACGACUCGUCUGCUUCUCGCUCAUCUCGUCUUGUUCAUAGAGUAUCGAAUUCGGUGGGUUCUUUCCGUGUCAGGAAGCACACCAGACUUAAAACCGAAGACGAAUCCGACCUUUCGGAAAUUCGAAGCCCGCCACGGUAUAGUACAAGGUCAUUUCGCGACAGCCGCGGUCUCAACCCUGGCUCACUGAGAAGACACCGUGAUCUAAACACCGACGGCGGUCGCGACAUUCGGAGCCGUCAUCCUGAGAAGACUUCGAGCGUUGGCACAAAUCCAUUCCGAAGAACGCACCAGUCACACAACUUGGAAACCGUCUUGGAAGUCCCCUCCAGCCAAGCGAGUCAACGAACCACCAUAUUCAACGACAGUCAAUCACAGCAAGAGCUAGCCAAAGGACCCGGCGGCCAGUCUACAUCAGUGGAAAGACUUCAUGCGCAGCAUUCCAGCGCAUGUUCGGACAUGCAUCAAUCUGUGAAGAGCGAUGACUACCUUCUUGCUCGGGGAGCAAAUCCCAGAACCGGUGUAGUCACACCUGCACACAGUGCUAGCAGCUCUCUUGAUGAUCACACUGCGAAGAGCCAAGCCCCACGCCGCCCUGCUCGCUGGCGACAGAAGAGUGAUCAAUGGAUCAGUCUGGAUCUAGGUGAACCUACACCUAUUUCUACGGCCCCGUUAGACAGACUCCCUGAGCAUCAGCACCAAGCGCUAAGAAUUCCACAGAAACUGGUGGCGGCGAAGCCUGCAGACUCUAUACGUGAAUCUCGCCUGAUAGAGAGCAGAGAUAUACCUCUUAGCUCUCCGGGACCCAAAGUGACCUUUCACGCAAAUGAAAGACUGAUAGAAAGCAGCGUUUCCCUGGAUGAGAAGAUAGACGCACAUGGACACACUGUUGUGCAGCAAUCCUCUAGAUUGAAACCACCAGUAAAGCGCAAACCCGUCGGAAGUCCACCGAAUCGAAGCCUGGCAGAGCGUGCCACCCACACCCAGGAAGGCAGCGAUGAAAGUACAGAUACCGUUCUGCGAACGCCCAGACUCAAUGACGUCCUGAGCUCCUCUUCUGCGCCAGAUGCUCUAAGAGGACGUUUCUUGAAUCCCAAAAACGUCGAUAAAGACCUGCCCAAGGUGCCCUACGACUCUGCUCUGCAUGAGACUCAGCACGCUACUAGUAGCGACCCUUUUUUAGGGGCGCGUGGGACGGGCCAGCCAGCCAACGUCCCAAGUUCAGAAAUCUCCAGCAUCUCUGGGCCACAAAUGGCCGAAAAAGAACUACCAUGUCUGCUGAUGAACAAUGGCCCAUCCCAGUCGACACGAAACAGCCCACCGUAUCCCACGAGUCCCACAAAGACGACCGCGGAUCUAGAGGAGCGCCACCACCGAGCAAAGCCCGAGGCACCCCAAGGACCGCGAGUAGGCGGCAAUCCAGCAUACCCGUAUAUUCGGACAGAAAGGCCGACAUACCCAAUAACCCCGGCAGCAGGCAGCCAGCACCUGAUCGGAAAAAGAACCAUGCCGGUACCGGUGUACGACAACCCUCCGAAGCACCCAUCGCCGUUCGUGCGGACGACUCGGCCAAGAGUGGAGGGUCCAAGGUCCAUGCCUCCGCAAGAAAUGAGCGUAUUGGAGAAGACGAGGUUGGCUCUCAACCCAUUGUUGAAUACCACUACCACACCCACCGGCACAUUCAUCAAUGGAGCAGGCCUUCCAGGACCGCUGCAGGUUGGUCCAAGACCAACGAAGCCGGACUUGCACAUGCAUCGUGGCCACCAUGGAUUCCUCCGGAGACCGGCUCCACCAAGCGGUUCCGACAUCAUCAUGAACACCACCAUGAAUAUAAGUCCAGAUUGCAUGAUGUCCAUUCCGAUGCCAAGAAUCCGACCAAGAGCGAUGGCGCGACCGGCAAUGCCCACGAGAGCGGAGGGGAUGUACGGCAUUCCCAAAGUCGAGAGCCGAGGACGAUGGGAUCCGACACGGCGGGACCAUCAGUCGCAGAGAAUGCUGACACCCAUCGACACCGUCUCCACACCAGGAGUCACAGACCCAGAGCCAGUAUCUAUGCCAGAGGUUCUGAGGCCGCCUGUGGAACCUUGUCGAGUUCUGCCAUUCGAAAGCGAGACCCUGCCCGAGCAGGAAGAAGUGAGGUCGACCAGCUGUGGCCUGAUGAGGAAGUGCAGCCGCUGCAUUCAUGGCUUUGUGGACGUCAAGCUUCACACUACCGAUAGUGUCAUCCAUACGUCCGACCCCCAGAAGGACGUCCCCGAAGCAAAAGACGGUACUAAACCAUUGCGUCCAUAUCGGAGCCCACUGCCAGUGCUGCCAGAGGAUUCCACACUCUCAAAAGACGCCAUUGCACAGCAAGGCGCAACGACUGCCUCACAUGGAAAGGCUGAGAGCGACGAACGUGACCAUAGCAUCUGUUGCCCUCAGUGUUGCAAGCUGGACUGCCACGAAGGAUGUCUGGGACAUCCUAGCCCGACUUCUUCGCCCAGUCCAGUCAACAGCAUGUGGUCUGGGGCUCAGACUCCCAGCAGCUCCAGCGAUGUAUCGACUCUUGUGACCGGGAUAGACGCCUAUGGAGAGGCCAAAACUGAGAAGCCGGAACAGAGCACAAAGACCAAGGGUUCCGAUUUUGUCAAGGCUCCGCGAAAAUUACCACCGAAGAUGGCCCAGGCGUCCAAACCUCAUGGCAAGCAUAUCCAAGCAGCACUGUCGGGGCCGCCGUUUGGACCGUCAGUGCAGACCCCGACACCCCCGACACCCGCGAAACUCGAAGUGCUCAGGCCCCAGGCCCACGCCAUUGCGGCUGCCUCAAAUGCUCUCAAGCCGCCAGCGCCUGCAAAACCGAGUGAGGCAGUACCAGCAGCAAGGAGUGCAAUAGCAUUCACUCAGCAGAAGGGUACUCUAGCGCGACCGAACAUCCACAGGAGGCAGAGAAGCAACAGCUUACCCAUCUUCGGCCUGGGUAUCACUUCGCGGAAAUCCAGUGGCUGUGCCGAGUCCAAUCGAGCAGUCAGCGGGUCCCGUCUGCGGAUUCCCUCACCCAUGGACCUCGCCCUUGGCUGCUCUGCAACUAAAACCGACUUCUUUCGGAGCCGCAACGUAAGCGGUACGAGCAUCAACACCAUCGAAGUUCAGAUCCCCAAUCUUGCUUCAUAUACCGCUCUCUAUGAACUUAUCUUUGUUCCUAUCGAAGCCACCACGAUAUGGGUCAAGACUCACCCCCAGAUGCUCACCAUAGGCGGAGACAUGCUUCGUCGAGCCUGGGAGAUGGCGCAGAUUAUGACGAAGACAGCGUGGAGUGUCUGGGCCGUCAUCUUCGUAUACUCCAAAACCGGGAGGGAGAAACGGCUUGGGGAUUCUUGA